UGGGGGUGACACGCUAUGUCCCGCCGGUGGCAGCCACCCGAGCAUCCUGCUCCGGCAACUGGUGACGCCCGCCCGGCGCUGGCCCGUAUUGGGUGUGUCCCCCCCCCCCCCGCCCCGACACACCCCUCCCCGCCCCGAGCGGGGUGUGGGGUGCUGGGACCGGGCUGUGGGGUGCAAGACGGGGGGUUUGGGGGACACACACACACACCCACCAGCGGCCGGACACCCCCCACCAUGCUGGUGCUGCUGGGCCUGGCCCUGGGCGCCCAGGGGGCAGGCGCCUUCGUGGUGCACGUGGCCAGCUCCUGCCCGCUGGCGGCCAACGGCUCCGUGCUGGCCUUCACCUUCACCCUCGUCUUCAACAAGAACCCGCUGGUCUGCUACGACCCCGACGCCCGGCGCUUCGACCCCUGCGAUUUCGGGGUGCUCCGCUGCGCCGCCGCGCUGGUGGCCGCCGCCCUCAACAACGGCACCGCCUGGGUGCAGCGCGCCGAAGCCCGGCGCCGGGCCUGCAGCCAGCUGGUCCCCCGCGUUUGGGCCUCCGCGGCGCUGCGGCGGGCGCCGCCCCAAGCCCGCAUCAUCCCCUCCAAAAUCGGCAACGCCGGGGCGCCCGUCCUCCUCACCUGCCACGUUUGGGGCUUCUACCCCCGCGAGGUGACGGUCAUCUGGCUGCGCAACGGGGACGUCGUGGGGCCCAGCGAGCACCCCCCCAUCUCCGCCGUCCCCGACGGCGACUGGACCUACCAGACGCGCGUGACCUUGGCGGUGGCUCCGGUGGCCGGCGACACCUUCACCUGCUCGGUGCUACACGCCAGCCUGGACCAGCCGCUCCUGGAGGAGUGGAGUCCCGGCUUGUCACCGGGGUUGACGCUGAAAGUGGCCGCGGCCACCGUGGUGAUGGCGUUGGGGCUCGGUUUCUUCAUCGUCGGCGUCUACCAUUACCGGGCCAGGCCCCCGGCACCGGGUUACACUCCCCUCCCCGGAGACAACUACCCCGCAGGCAGCACCUGAGGACCCCCAGGAUGGUCACUGCCCGGCCCCGAUGGUGUCGUGUGUGUGUGCCCCCCCCCGCUGCCCCCCUGGGGGGUGGUGACGCCGUGGUGCCGAUAAUAAAGAUGCUCCAGGGUGGC